AUGGCGCCUAAGCAGACUCUCCAGUCUAAAUACAAACUACUCUCCGGCCAUGAGAUUCCGGUCCUAGGUUAUGGGGUGUACAUGAUCCCCCCUUCUUCAACUGAAAAGGUCACCUUGGAGGCUUUGAAGGUUGGAUUCCGACAUGUCGAUUCGGCAAUUAUGUAUCGCAACGAAAAAGGUUGUGGCCGGGCUAUCCAGAAUUCAGGACUCGACAGAUCCGACAUCUUCCUUACGACCAAGAUCCCCCCGGAAUCAAUGGGCUACGACGAUACAAAGCGGGCCAUUGAUUCGAGUCUCCGCCAGGCAGGACAGGAGUAUUUCGAUCUCAUACUAAUCCACGCCCCCUACGGCGGCAAGGAAGCCCGUCUAGGCUCCUGGCGCGCCCUCGUCGAAGCCCAGAAAGCAGGUAAAACCCGAUCAAUCGGUGUAUCCAACUAUGGCAUCCAUCAUCUCGAAGAAUUGGAGGAGUAUAUCCAGAGUGGAGGUGGCGGCGAGAUCUCCGUGGGUCAGUACGAGUUACACCCUUGGCUGGAUCACUCGGAUAUAGCAGAGUGGUGUCAGAGUCGAGGGAUUGUAGUUGAAGCGUAUUCUCCCCUGGCACAUGGGACGCGGUUCCGAGAGCCGGUGCUGAGAAGUAUUGGGGGGAAGUAUGACAAGUCGCCUGCGCAGGUGUUGAUUCGGUGGAGUUUGCAGAUGGGCUUUGUUCCACUGCCAAAAUCUGUGACGCCAAAGCGUAUCCAGGAGAAUUCGGAGGUGUUUGAUUUUGAAUUGGAUGAGGAGGAUAUGAAGUCGUUGGAUACGGGCGAGUAUAGUCCUACAGACUGGGAUCCGACUGUGGAUGAGGACUAG